AUGUUCGGAAUUCGCGACCGUCAGAAUGUAAUCCUCAUACUUGCUAUUCUGGGAAGUGUUCCUGGCAGCAUAGUGGCCGGUUUGCCCGUUACCCCAAUCAAAGAUAGUAAAGGCAAUGUCGACUCAGCAGAGCAAAUCUUCUACGCUGUACGAUGCCAUGCCGAUACCUACGUUAUAGCCCACCAUUGCCAGGCUCACUGCAACGGGAGGGGUCACGUACUCUUCAACGAGACCCGAUGCCCUAACGGAUCAGAAAAUGCCGAUGAUAUCUACUCGGAUUGUUACUGCACUCCAGAAUGCGUGCCUUGUAAGGAGCAUGGUGAAGAACAGCCUUAG